CAACAAAUUAAAAGCAUUUACGGAUUUUUAUGAUCUGAAUAUGCAAUCUACGUCAUGGCACACUUGCUACUAUUAUCCUGUUCCUAAUCAUCUCUUCCCCCAUCAUCUCCAUUUUCAUCGUCCCACCAAGAUUACACUCAACUGUAAGUCCCGGUGCACGAAUCAUAGCCUCCUCACACUCACUACGGCGCGUAGUUGCAUCAAAGAACAAGAGAAGGAGCGGAUCCAUCAGUACCCAGAUUACGUUUCUUACCUAGAUCAGGAAAACCGCGAAUUCUUCCAAGAAUCUUGUUCUUCUAUUGAAAAUCCGGAAUCCCAGUUUGGAGGUGGUGAGAAAUUGCGAGGAUUUGGGGUGGAUAAUUCGGCGGGCAUUGCAUCGAACAUGGGGUGGGCUAGUUUGAAAGCGGCGCUGGGACAGAGGAUUAAUCUGGAAGGAAUCACUUGCGCCGUCGGGAUUUUGUCCAAGGACAAGCAAUUGGUGAUCCCGCAUGUCAGUGUGCCUGAUAUAAGGUAUAUUGAUUGGGCCGAGCUGAAAAAUAGGGGUUUUGAAGGUGUGGUCUUUGACAAGGACAAUACGAUUACUGCUCCUUACUCUUUGAACUUGUGGGCUCCCCUUGGAUCAUCUUUACAACAGUGUAAAUCAUUGUUUGGCAACAACAUUGCGGUAUUCAGUAACUCUGCGGGAUUGUAUGAGUAUGACCCUGAUGGUAGAAAAGCUGGGGCUCUUGAGGAUGCAAUUGGAAUCAAAGUGAUUCGGCACAAGGUGAAGAAGCCCGCCGGAACAGCUGAAGAAGUUGAAAGACACUUUGGUUGUGAAUCCGCUAGACUUAUCAUGGUGGGUGAUCGGCCAUUCACAGAUAUUGUUUAUGGAAACAGAAACGGAUUUUUUACGAUACUGACUGAACCAUUGAGUCUUGCAGAGGAGCCUUUGAUUGUCAGGCAGGUGAGGCUACUUGAAGUGGCCAUUGUUAAACAAUGGUCCAAGAAAGGCUUGACGCCAAUCAGUCACAAGCUUGUUUUAGACCCAGUGAAGUGUGUGAAGGAUGUACCACUCUGAUAAAUGUCCUUUAUCACGAAUGAUAAAACAAAUACUUUACUAAUUAUUUAUUCUUUCUUCUUAUGCAAAGAAAUAUUUUGGUAAAACUGUAGCUACAUGCUUAGAUUACGAUCACCUAUGACCUAUACUUGGGUGUCAAUAGGUCUGACCACCGUUCAUGAAAAUGAACGCUUAUGAGCUAUACUUGGAUCUCAAUAGGAUUAUCCGAGUAAUCACAUAAUCGAAUAUGCAUGCUAACGUAUAUUCAAACAUUGAGUUUUUUGCCUAUCUUUCUUGGUUCUCAAAUUUUAUAGAUGAUCACAGGUGGAAAUUGUAGAUGAUUAUGGA